AUGCCGUUCGCGCGCGUGCGCCGGCGGGGACACACCCAGACCAGGGAGUUGAGAGCGGGCAGCUUCCGCCGGCCCGGGGGCGGAGCCUUCCGAGGCCGGGACUCCGCCUCUGCACAUCGGAACCGCCCUAUGCCGCACCAAGGCUACUCACGGUGGCCGAGUCCGCUGCUCUCCACCGUGGGCUUGCGUUGCCCACUCUCUUUCACAGAAGUAGGAGCCUACGUCUUGAAGCUUCAACACCACUCUGAAAUGGAGAAAAGGGCAGCGGGUAGCGUAUCACUUAUCUCAACGCUGUGCUCUUUAUGCCGUCUUCCAGUGGAGGAAACGGAAGUUCAGCACUCUUGCCGUUUUCCGACUCCAUUCUUCUAG